AUGUCUUUACGAUCAGGACCCUUGAAUCAUGAGAACUUCUAUAUUUCCUUUCCACAUGAGCGUGUCGUUCAAGUGACCAUCAACAGACCCGAUAAGUUAAAUUGCAUCGACAAGGCUACGAGUCGAGAGAUUGCCAAGAUCUGGGAGCUGUUCGAUGAAGAUGAAAGCUUAUGGGUGGCUAUUAUCACCGGUGUUGGGCGGGCAUUUUGUACAGGAGCCGAUCUAGGAGAAUGGAACGCCAUGAACAAGGCCGGUGUUGUGAAUGACAUGUCUGCCCCGGGACUGGCCGGAUUGCCUCGCCGAACGGGUAAGAAACCGAUUAUUGCGGCCGUUAACGGCAUCUGCAUGGGUGGAGGGUUCGAGAUGGUGGCAAACUGCGAUCUGAUUGUGGCCUCAUCCUCCGCCAUUUUUUCUCUUCCGGAAGUCAAGCGAGGCAUUGUGCCAGUUGCCGGAUGUUUGCCGCGAUUGACCCGUACCAUUGGUCUCCAGCGGACGAUGGAUCUGGUGCUUACCGGCAGGAACGUGAACGCCACCACACUCCACGAAUGGGGCCUGAUCAGUCGAGUGGUGGAUGCGGCCGAUGUGGUCCGUACAGCAGUGGAGGUCGCUGAAACUAUGUGCAAUAAUAGCCCCGAUGCCCUGAUUGUUGGUCGCCUCGGAGUUCGGAUGAGCUGGGAAGCAGGAAGUGUGGAAGACACGGUAUCAGAUCUAGCGGAUCAGUGGUAUCCUCGACUGGUUGGUGGUCCUAACUUCGCCGAGGGAAUCCAGGCGUUUGUGGAGAAGCGGUCUCCGAGGUGGAAAAAUUCGAAGUUGUAA